GCAGGGUUUCCUGUUCCUCUUUCCAUGCCGGGGCUCACAAGUGUCCAGGCGAGCACCCGUGCCAUCCCGCCGGAGGGGAGCUCCACAUCACCGGCCCCAGCCCGGGCACCACCGCCGCGCACAGCUGUGCCCCCUUCUUGUGGGGGAGCCCUGCGGCCCCCAGGAGCCAGCGGCAUGGGCUUCGGGCCGGAGCUGUGGUGCCCGCAGGGGCACAGUGCCCUGCUGCGGAUGCAGGAGUCUGAGCUGCGCCUGCUGGAGCUGCUGAAGAAGUGGAUGCUGCAGCGGUCCAAGGGCGACCGGGAGUACGCCACGCUGCUGCACGCCAUGUUCACCCAGCUGGAGAAGCAGGAGGGCGCGGGGCAGCUGCGCCCCGGGGACUACACCAGCCCGAUCAGCGAGUCAUGCUGGGCACUGGCGAGCCAGACAGAGGCGCUGAGCCAGAUCCUGCGGCGCCAUGCAGAGGCCCUGGCCACGGGACCCCUGCACAAGCUGGGCCUGCUCAUCCGGGACAAGCAGCAGCUGCGCAAGUCCUACAGCGAGCAGUGGCAGCUGCUGAGCCAGGACUACUCCCGGACCACGCAGCAGGAGCUGGACAAGCUGAAGGCACAGUACCGCAGCCUGGCACGGGAUAGCGCCCAGGCCAAGCGCAAGUACCAGGAGGCCAAGGACAAGGACCGGGACAAGGCCAAGGACAAGUACGUGCGGAGCCUGUGGAAGCUGUACGCGCUGCACAACCAGUACGUGCUGGCGCUGCGGGCCGCCGAGCUGCACCGGCAGCACCACUUCCAGCGCGCCCUGCCCGCCCUGCACGAGGCCCUGCACGGCCUGCACCAGGAGAUGGCCCUCAUCCUGAAGGAGACCCUGCAGGAGUACCACAUGGUCACCAGCCUGGUGCAGGAGGAGGUAGCGGCCGUGCACCAGGAGAUGGCCCACGCCAUCCAGGCCAUCAACCCUGCCACCGAGUAUGACAGCUUCCUGCAGCACCACAGGUAUGGGGCGGAGGUGCCACCAGAGCUGCUCUUCGAGGAGAGUCUGCUGGAGGAGUCGGAGAACCUGGCGCCCGGGGAGCUGCAGCUUAACGAGCUGACGGUGGAGAGCGUGCAGCAUGCACUGACCUCGGUGACAGAGGAGCGGGCGGCUGCCACCGAAACCACCAGCAGCAAGGAGCAGCAGGUCCGGGAGCUGGAGGCCGAGAUCCGCAGCGAGGAGCAGAGGCUGGGCCACGGGGAGCGGGUGCAGCUGCUGGGGAGGCGCCAGGCGCUGCAGGAGGCGCAGCAGCAGUUCCAGGUCUCGCUGUGCACCCAGACCAAGCUACAGGGGCAGUGGGACAUGCUUCGCCGUGAGCUGGACCAGCUGGGUUCACGCGAUCCCCCGCCUGUCCUGCCCCUCCUGGACGAUCGACAGUCCCUCUCUUCCAUGGAGCAGGAGCGCAUGGGCCCCACCGCCCUGGAGACCCUGAAGAACCACAUCUCAGGCAUCUUCCGGCCCAAGAUCUCGCUGCCACCACUGCUGCCACUGAUCCCGGAGGUGCAGAAGCCGCUGAGCCAGCAGGUCUGGUACCACGGUGCCAUCCCGCGCACAGAGGUGCAGGAGCUGCUGCUGCAGAACGGCGACUUCUUGGUGCGCGAGAGCCAGGGCAAGCAGGAGUACGUGCUGAGCGUGCGCUGGGACGGCCAGCCCCGGCACUUCAUCAUCCAGACCAGCGACAACCUGUACCGGCUGGAGGGCGAGGGCUUCCCCACCAUCCCGCUGCUGGUCGACCACUUCCUGCAGAACCGGCAGCCCAUCACCAAGAAGAGCGGCAUUGUGCUGCUCAACUCCAUCCCCAAGGACAAGUGGGUGCUGAACCACGAGGAUGUGCUGCUGGGCGAGCGCAUCGGACGCGGGAACUUCGGGGAAGUGUACAGUGGCCGCCUGCGCGCUGACAACACGCCAGUGGCAGUGAAGUCCUGCCGGGAGACCCUCCCACCUGAGCUCAAGGCCAAGUUCCUGCAGGAAGCCAGGAUCCUGAAGCAGUACAACCACCCGAACAUCGUCCGGCUCAUCGGCGUCUGCACCCAGAAGCAGCCCAUCUACAUCGUCAUGGAGCUGGUGCAGGGGGGCGACUUCCUGACUUUCCUGCGCAGCGACGACAGCGCCCAGCUGAGGGUCAAGGACCUGCUCAAGAUGACGGAAACCGCGGCUGCCGGCAUGGCAUACCUGGAGAGCAAGCACUGCAUCCACCGGGACCUGGCGGCUCGCAACUGCCUGGUGGCGGAGAAGAACACGCUGAAGAUCAGUGACUUUGGGAUGUCGCGGGAGGAGGAGGACGGGAUCUACGCCUCCACCGGCGGCAUGAAGCAGAUCCCUGUGAAAUGGACUGCGCCGGAGGCACUCAGCUAUGGCCGGUACUCCUCGGAGAGCGACGUCUGGAGUUUUGGUGUCCUGCUGUGGGAGGCCUUCAGCCUGGGCGCCGUGCCCUACGCCCACAUGAGCAACCAGCAGACCCGGGAGGCCGUCGAGCAGGGCGUCCGGCUGGAGCCCCCCGAGCAGUGCCCGGACGAGGUGUACCGCAUGAUGCAGUGCUGCUGGGAGUACGACUCGCGGCAACGGCCCAGCUUCAGCACCAUUCACCAGGAGCUCAUCGCCAUCCGCCGGAAGCUCCGGUGACGGCUGGGGCUCCCGCAGGGGCCAGGUGUCUGCCCCGCACCCGCCCAGCAGGCGCCACGCGGGAGCCAUGGACGGUGCCCGAGGCGGUCGGGGCUGUGGUCGUUGCUCCCAGCCCCUGGUUCGUACGAAUCCCCUCGGGCCUGGCACCAGCCAAGGCCGUGGCCACUGUGUUUUGGACGCCGAUUCCCCGUGCUGUGGCCUCUUCUGGUGGGACUCAGCUGAGAGAUCCCCGCUGGCCCGGCUCGCUGGCUGCUGGGCCCGGGCCAAGCCCUCCUGAUGCUUUCUCCUUGGAGCCAGCUUCUUUCCAAUAAAACCCAGCCCCUU